AUGCAUAAUCAAAGUGGUACGGCGCCAAUGCAGCCGUCAAUGAUGGUUAAUUCACGUAUGCCAGUGGCAACGACAGGUUUACCGAUGAACGUUGUCGCUCCACCUUCUUCACUUCCUCGUCAAUCAUCACCUUACACGCGACCACCAAUGUAUGAGAAAAACAAACGUAGUACAUACUCAAAUGAUCUGCGAAACAGUACUGCAAUUCCAAUUGCACCCUCGUCGACAACAACGGCACAGAUGUUACAACAGCCAGCUCCAGCCACAUCAACAAUGUAUGGUGCACAACAACCUCAACUUCAACAACAGUCUUUGUCAAUGUCGCAAGGACCAAUUAGACAGAAAAAGCGAAAACGUUUAACUGAAAAAGUCAUUCAUAAACAAAUACGUUCAUUAGUUCCUGAAUCACAAGCUUAUAUUGAAUUAUUACGUCUUGAGCAAAAACUCGAUACAACUUUAAUGCGUAAACGUCUUGAUCUACAAGAAACACUUAAACGUCCACAAAAAACAAAAAAAAAAUUACGUAUAUUUAUUAGUCAUCAAUAUCCUGUACGUUUUGAUCCAGAAAGUAAUCUCGAUGAAGACAACAUGGUUCAGUAUUGGGAAAUGCGAGUAGAAGGCCGUUUAUUAGAUGAUGCAUCAACGUCGAAAUAUGAUCAAGGAAAAACAAAACGAAAAUUUUCCUCAUUUUUUCGAAGUCUUGUAAUUGAAUUAGAUAAAGAUUUAUAUGGUCCAGAUAAUCAUUUGGUCGAAUGGCAUCGUACCAAUGCAACAUCAGAAACAGAUGGUUUUCAAGUUCGUCGUCCGGGAGAUCAAAAUGUAAAAUGCACAAUUUUAAUGUUACUUGAUCAUCAGCCUCAACAAUAUCGAUUAGAAAAUCGUUUAGCACGUUUACUUAGCUUAAGUAAUGGUACAAGACAGGCAAUUAUUCAUGCCAUGUGGCAAUAUAUCAAAACACAUAAAUUACAAGAUUCAGAAGAACGAGAGUUUAUUAAUUGUGAUGCACAUCUACAAUCAAUAUUUGAUUGUUCAAAAAUGAGAUUUUCUGAUCUACCAGGUAAAUUGAAUAAAUUAAUCUUACCUCCCGAACCGAUUAUUAUUAAUCAUACAUUAUGUAUUGAUGGUACUGAUCCAAAAAAACAUGCUUGCUAUGAUAUCGAUGUUGAAGUUGAUGAUCCUGUUCGUGAUACAAUGCGAACAUUUUUAUCACCACAAAAUACUCAUGAGUUAGAAGAACUCGAUGGCAAAAUUCUACAAUAUAUCGAUAGUAUUAAUCAAUUGAAACAGAGUCGUGAAUUUUAUUUGUCAUUUGCUGAUGAUCCACAAGGUUUUAUCUGUAAAUGGUUGGCAUCACAAUCGCGAGAUUUAAAAAUAAUGACCGAUCAAAAUGGUAACAUGGAAGAAGAGCGUCGUUCAGAAUAUUAUUAUGAACAAUGGUCAUUUGAAGCUGUUAGUCGAUAUUUUUACAAUAAAGUUCAACAAAAACGAGCUGAACUUGAACAAGCUCUUGGUAUUAGAAAUCAAUAA